AUGACCAUUAUAAUUUCACUAUUAUUAUCAACAGUGAUAUCAUCAUUUGUAAUAUUUACACUUGAUAUGUGGAGAGUUAGAUUACAAAUAUAUUCGAUUAUCAAAAGAUUCUACACCUAUUAUUAUCAUUUAUUAUCACAAGAGAAUAUAUUUAAGGCAAAUAAGAAUUCAGAUAUUCAAGAAUGUUUUAUUGACGAAUUUGGUUGGAUAGUAUUAAUUAAAGGUGUCACUAUAGAUAUAAUUUCAUCAAUUUUAAAUCAAUCAUUAUACUAUUUAAUAUUUUCACCAAUUUUAUUAUGGAAAUCAAAACCAAUUGAAUAUUAUAACAUUAAUAAUAAUAUUAUUAAUAUUAAUAAUAAUUUAACAGCGACAGUAACAGUAACAGCAACAAAUGAAAAUUAUAUUUUAAAUUUAUUAAAAAAUCAAAAAGAGAAUUAUUAUUCAAUUUUUACAAUUUUAUUAAUUUCAAUAAUUAUUGGCAGUGCUAUGGGUAUGAUUCAAUAUAUUACACAAUAUUAUAAAAUUAAAUUACAAUUUAGAUUAGAUGAAAAGUUACAAACAAUUCACAAAAAUAAAAAAUAUAAUAUUUUCAUAAAUCCAUUAUUUUGUUUAAAUAGAUCUUCAAUUUUAUUUUAUUCACCAUUAUUAUCAAAUAAAAGAAGAGGUAGUAAUAAUAAAAAUAAUGAUAAUAAUGAAUUAUUAAAUAAUUUUAAAUUCAAUCAAAAUUUAAAUUUUACUGAAAAAGUAAUUAAAGAAGGUUUAAAACAACCAUCUCAACAACAUCAACAUCAACAACAACAUCAACAUCAACAUCAAGAAAUUAAUAAUAAUAAUAAUAAUAAUAAUAAUAAUAAUAAUAAUAAUAAUAAUAAUAAUAAUAAUAAUAAUAAUAAUAAUAAUAAUAAUAAUAAUAAUAAUAAUAAUAAUAAUAAUAAUAAUAAUGAAGAAAUAGUAUUAAUUAAAUAUAUUAAUGGUUUAUAUUCAUUAUUUGGUGACUCAUUAUUAUCAGUUGUAAAUGAAAUAUUUUAUAAUUUUGUAUUUUUAUGUUUAUUUAAUUAUUUAAAUUAUUUUCAAUGUUCAAUUUAUACAAAUGUUUUAAAUAGUGGUAGUAAUUUAUCAGGAAUUAAUGAUACCAAUUCAAAUUUAUUCAUAUAUCUAAUCAAUUAUUUUUAUUAUAGAUCAACUAUAAUACCAUUAUUAAUUUCAAGUUUAAUUGCUGUUGCAAUCACUCAACCAUUGGUUGUAUUUCAAACUCAAUUAGAAGCUUUUCAAUUUUCAAAUUUAUUAUUAAAUUUAUUUUUUAAAUCACCACCUUUUAAUAAUAAUAACAAUAAUAAUAAUAUUAAUAAUAAUGAACAACAACAAAUAAUUAGUAGAAAAGAUGAAGAUUUAAUUUCAUAUCCAAAGAAAUUUAAAAAAUUAUUUUUAAAGAAUCAAUGGGUUGGGUUAAUUGGUCGUUUAUUAUAUAAUCCUUUAAAAAUUAUUAUAAUAAGUUUAUGGUUUGAUUUUUUAUUAUCAUUAUAA